AUGAGUGGGUCGUGGGAGGAGUUCUUUGCGACGCACCUGCCUCCCACUGACUUUGAGGAUAACCGCUCCUUGCUCAAAGAGUUCUGUGAACGGCACGACCGACAGGGACACAGGAUUGUAUUGGUUACUUCUGGCGGCACCACAGUACCACUCGAACAUAACACGGUACGAUUCGUGGAUAACUUCAGUGCGGGAAAGCGCGGUUCGGCUUCGGCAGAAUAUUUUCUGGAGCAAGGCUACGCGGUCAUCUUCAUGCAUCGUCUGAAGUCGUUGGAGCCCUUCACGAGACACUUCAACGGCCAGAAGUUACUCGACAUGCUCGAGAUGCAAGAUGAAUCCAAUAAUACUACUAUCAGAGUGAAACAGGACAGCGUGUUCGCCUUGGCCCCGGUGCUGUCGCGGUAUCAGGCCGCGCACGCGGCCGGGGCCAUCCUGCACGUGGCCUUCACCACGGUGUCCGAGUACUUCUGGCUGCUGAGGGCCGCCUGCGAGGUGCUGGCUAAGUCGGGCCCCAGGGCCCUGCUGUACCUGGCCGCCGCCGUCUCGGACUUCUACAUACCCAAGGAUAGCAUCCCCACCCACAAGAUGCAGUCGGAGAGCGGACCUCCGGUGAUCCAGCUGCAUCUGGUGCCGAAGCUGCUGGCGCCCCUCGUCAACCUCUGGGUGCCCAGCGCCUAUGUGGUCUCCUUCAAGCUGGAGACUGAGGAGAAUCUGCUCAUUCCUAAAUCGAGGGCGGCUCUGGAGAAGUAUAAGCAUAAGAUGGUGAUCGCUAACAUGCUGCAGAACCGGCACCAGCGAGUGUUGGUCGUGACCAGGGAGGCCAACCAGGAGAUCCUGCUGUCGAGGGAAGAGCUCCUGGCGGGCGCAGACAUCGAGGCGGGGAUAGUCGGCGUGAUAGUGAGCCACCACUCGGAGCACUUGGCGCACUCCGAGGCCCGCUGA